AGAAGAUACAAUGUCAAACCUUUCACACCACGCAGGUUUAAGCACCCAGAUUUCAAGAUCUUACCAACCAGUUAUGAUACUGUGCUAAAUUACAAACUUGAUCUUUUUCAUCUUUCCUUUUCUCUGUUGAGAAGUUCACAUCAAGCACGGCUAACAAUUCUCUUGUAAUGGUUGACAAAAAGUAUCAAGGGCACGAACAAUGCAACACAAUCUACCAAUAGUUUGCCAAAGCAAUGGCUUCUUUCACUUUUCUCUUUCUUUCAACCAAUCUACUCCAUUUGUUGCCUAUAAUUUCAUCUGCAACUGACACCAUUAAUGUGUUGCAGCCCCUUCUUGAUGGCAGUACCUUGGUGUCUAAAGAUGGAACUUUUGAAAUGGGUUUCUUUAGUCCAAAUAAUAGUACUAACACUACCACCAAUCGGUACCUUGGCAUAUGGUACAGAAGUGUCCCAGUCAGAACCGUCGUUUGGGUUGCCAACCGUGAGAAUCCAGUUAAGGAUAACUCCAGCAUGUGCAGCAUAAACACAGACGGAAAACUGGUUAUCCUCACCAAUAACAAUACUCUUGUUUGGUCAGCAAACUCAACUGAAGAAAUCAAAGCGCAGAGUCCAUUUGCUCAGCUGCUAGACUCAGGGAACUUGGUAUUAAGAGAUGAGAAGGAUUCAAACCCGGAGAAAUACUUGUGGCAGAGCUUUGACUACCCUUGUGAUACUUUCCUGCCAGGAAUGAAGAUCGGAUGGAACCUUAAGACAGGUCUUAACCGGCGUUUAACAGCAUGGAAGAACUGGGAUGACCCUUCUCCAGGCGACUUCAUUUGGGGUAUGGUGCUAGGUAACACUACUGAAUUGGUUAUGUGGAAAGGUACCAGUGAGUAUUAUAGGAGUGGCCCUUGGAAUGGUGUUAGAUUCAACGGAAAAACCACUCCCCUUUUUAACUUAGAGUUAGAGUCCACUGUUGAUGAAGUGUAUUACACAUAUAACAUUGGGAAUAAGUCUUUGAUUACAAGAGUUGUUUUGAACCAAUCUGUUUAUUCUCGGCAGCGCUAUAAUUUGAAUGUAGAGAACCAAACUUGGAAGCUCUAUUCAUCAGUUCCUAGAGACAUUUGUGACACCUACAAUCUUUGUGGUCCAUAUGGGAACUGUAUUGUGAAUGAGUCACCACCAUGCCAGUGUUUAACCGGGUUCAAGCCAAAAUCAGUUCAAAAUUAUGAGGCAUUGGAUUGGAGCCAAGGAUGUGUUCUUAGUGAAGCGUGGAGUUGUGGAGUAAAAAAGAAAGAUGGGUUUAAAAAAUUCAGUGGGUUGAAAAUGCCAGAUACCACAAGUUCUUGGGUUGAUGGAAAUUUGACACUUGAGAAUUGCAAGGCAAAGUGCUUGCUAAACUGUUCUUGCACUGCAUAUGCAAAUUUAGAUGUCAGGGGAGAUGGUAAAGGCUGUAUCAUUUGGUAUGGAGCUUUGCUUGAUUUAAGGGUGGCUUCAGUUCCCGGGCAAGACCUAUAUAUUCGAAUGGUUGCCCCGGAAAAUGGAUGGGAUAAGAAAAUUGUAGCGGUGGUGAUUCCUGUGUCUCUCCUUGCUUUUGUGGCUGUUUUCAUUUUCAUUUACUGGCGGAAAAGAAACCUUAGAGAGAAAACUUCAGAAGAAAAUAAAGAUGAAGGAUGUGAAGAAGACUUAGAGCUUUCUUCCUUUGAUUUUUCUACAAUAGUUCGUGCCACAGAUAACUUCUCAAGUGAAAAGAGACUUGGCCAAGGUGGUUUUGGACCUGUGUAUUGGGGUGCCCUAGAAGAUGGACAAGAGAUUGCUGCCAAGAGGCUUUCUAACAGUACUGGACAAGGAGUGAAAGAAUUCAAGAACGAAGUCAUAUUGUGUGCCAAACUUCAGCACCGAAAUCUUGUAAAGGUUCUCGGUUGUUCCACUCAAGAAGGGGAAAGAGUGCUGGUCUAUGAAUACAUGCCAAAUAAAAGCCUGGAUUCCUUUCUUUUCGAUUCUUCCAAAAGUGGACUUCUGGACUGGUCUAAGCGAUUCAAUAUUAUAUUUGGAAUAGCUCGAGGACUUCUUUAUCUUCAUCAAGAUUCUAGAUUAAGAAUAAUUCACAGAGACAUGAAAGCAAGCAAUAUUCUACUAGAUAGCGAGUUAAAUCCAAAAAUUUCAGAUUUUGGCGUCGCGCGAAUGUUUACUGCAAAUCAAACAGAAGAGAAUACAAAAAUGGUGGUUGGAACAUAUGGAUACAUGGCACCAGAAUACGCAAUUGAUGGGCUGUUCUCUGUGAAAUCCGACGUAUACAGCUUUGGGGUACUGUUACUAGAGAUAGUAAGUGGGAAGAAAAACAGAGGAAUGUUCUUUCCAGAUCACGGACUUAAUCUAUUAGGACAUGCUUGGAGAUUAUGGAAAGAAAGCUCUCCGAUGAAAUUAGUUGAUGCUGCUUUGGGCGACACCUUUACUGUUUCUGAAGUACUACGAUGCAUACAUGUUGGUCUUUUAUGUGUGCAACUAUAUCCAGAGGAUAGGCCAAACAUGGCAUCAGUUAUUUUUAUGUUGAGCAGUGAAAAUACUUUGCCACAACCUAAGGAACCUGGUUUCCUUAUUGAAAGGACGAACACUGCAGGAGAAUGUUCAACAAGCAAUGAAGUGAAGACUUCCACUAAUGAAUUAACUGUAACCCUACUAGAGGCUAGGUAGAGAUGUUUUAGUAUAUAUUUGUGUCGUGUAACAAGUUAAACUUUGUCUAUAUCGGUAUAUAUAUAUAUACACACACACACUUUUCUUCAAUUGGUUGAAGUAAUGUGAUAGUUCUCAAACAGUUUAAUGUUUCAGUUACCUUAGUGUUUUCAUUCAAGAAGCUUUCUUCUAAAUUUAUCAGUUGAAGGUGAGAUGCUGAAUCUCAGUUAAGUAGUCCAUGGUGUAUGUAUUUUA